AUGCCUGGACCACCACCCAAAAUGAUCAUAACUGAUCAAGAUCUGGCAAUGACAAAAGCAAUUGCUUGUGCUCUUCCUAAUACGUUUCACAGAUAUUGCAUUUGGCACAUUGUUAGUAAAUUUUCUGAGAAAAUAGGAAAAUGUAACUUGUCCAGCCAUCAAUUGUUGCGGUCCAUGUACGAAAUUCAUGAGAGAUGGGUUCUUGCAUAUACGAGACACAUUUUCUCUGCCCACAUGACAAGUAGUCAAAGAGCUGAAAUUUCUCAUUCAUUCAUCAAGAGGUAUCUAUCUGAAGAUAAUUCAAUGUAUGAAUUUGUGACACGAUUUGAUAGGGCACUUGCACGUAUACGACAUAAUGAAUUAGAUUUUGACCACAAAGAUAUAAAUGAGAAGCCAGUCUUGAAAACCUCAAGGUUGAUGGAAAAGAAAAUGAGUGAAUUAUACACACUCCAUUCAUUUAAGAAAUUUCAAGAAGAAAUAUUUCAAAUUGGUGCCUAUGUGCUUACGAUACGACAUGAGGAUGAACGUCGCUGUGUGUGGAAGGUUCAGAAGGAAGAAAUGGAAGGUUCGAGAGGUCGCAAGGUUUCAGUAGACAAGUCAUCGAACCAUAGGUGGGAAAAAACAUCAAAAGUGGGCAGAGUUUUUAAUGACUUGGGCAGUCAUCAAAAAGAAAUAUGUGGCAGUUCAUUUUUUGUGAGGCGACAAGCUCUCUUUCAACUUGCUCCUACAGUUAUUGAUGACGCUAUAUUAGAUGAAGAAGGAACUGAAGUUAUGCGAGAAGCUUUGCUAUCUAGUCAAAAGAAGAUUGCAUUCAUGAGGGGUUCUCGGGAAGAUGGUUCAACAAGUUCUAUCCAAUUACCUAUUUCUCUCGGAAGCCAACAUGGUUUGAAAGAACCACUUAAAGUUAGGGCACAGGGUUGUGGUAAGCGUUUAAAAGGAGAAAAAGAGAUGGCCGUCAAGAAAAGUAAGAAAUGUCAUGGGUGUGGAUUAUUGGGGCAGUCGCAUGACAAAAGUAAUUGUCUGAAGCUUAUGAACAUGUCUUCAGAACAUGCUAGUUUGUAUGAUGACGAAGACGAUGACGAUGACUUUGACGAUGAAUGUAGGUGUUUUUUAGGAACUAUAUGGGUUUGCGGGUAUGGAGAUGAUAUUGGCAAGGUAGCUGAUGCAUGUUCCAUCUCUGGGAAUGCCCUGAAGAAGGACAUUAGCAUGUGA